AUGCAGAAUAAUGGUAUUCAACCAAAUGCUAUCACCUAUUCAACUAUAGUAUCUAUAUGGGAGAAGGCAGGGAAACUGGACAGGGCAGCCAUGUUGUUUCAGAAAUUGAGGAGUUUAGGUGUUCAAAUUGAUCAGGUUCUGUACCAGACAAUGAUUGUAGCCUAUGAGAGGGCCGGUUUGGUUGCUCAUGCUAAGCGCCUUCUUCAUGAGCUCAAGCGACCUGACAACAUUCCCAGGGAAACUGCAAUCAUGGUGCUUGCUCGAGCCAGGAGAGUUGAAGAGGCUACAUGGGUUUUUCGGCAGGCUUUUGCUGCUGGAGAGGUAAAAGAUAUAUCUGUGUUUGGGUGCAUGAUUAAUCUUUACUCGAGGAACAAAAAGUACACAAAUGUAGUUGAGGUGUUUGAGAAGAUGAGAGAAGUUGGAUACUUUCCUGAUUCCAAUGUUAUUGCCCUCGUGCUGAAUGCUUUUGGGAAGCUACGUGAGUUUGAGAAAGCAGAUGCUUUAUAUAGUCAGAUACAUGACGAAGGAUGUGUUUUUCCAGAUGAGGUUCAUUUCCAGAUGCUUAGUCUAUAUGGUGCAAGAAAGGAUUUCACAAUGGUGGAGUCAUUGUUUGAGAAGCUGGAUUCCAAUCCCAAUAUCAACAAGAAGGAGUUGCAUCUUGUUGUUUCCGGCAUUUAUGAAAGAGCAGAUAGACUUAAUGAUGCUUCUCGAAUCAUGAACAGGAUGAAUCACAAAGCAAUCGGAAAUCAUGAUCAUGCUUAG